AUGCGCUGGGUCGCCGGCUUUCGCCAACUUUCCUCCAUAUCCAAACCCUUCAUACGAAUUGAGACUGCGAAGCAAUUAGCACGCAGAAUGGCCGCUCUUCCCUCCACCUACGAUGAGCCCGUCUCAAUCGCUGUCAUCGGCGGCACUGGCCUUCGCGAGCUUCCUGGAUUCACCCAGGUCGCUUCGCUGAACGUCUCGACCCCCUGGGGCGAGCCUUCCUCCCCGAUUACUAUCCUCCACCACCAGUGCAAGCACAACAACAAGACCGUUGCCGUCGCGUUCCUGAGCCGUCACGGCCUCCACCACCAGAUUGCCCCUCACGAGGUGCCCGCUCGCGCCAACAUCGCUGCUCUGCGCUCCAUUGGUGUCCGUAGCAUCAUUGCUUUCUCUGCUGUUGGCAGUCUGCAAGAGGCUAUCAAGCCCCGCGACUUCGUUAUCCCUGAUCAGAUCAUCGACCGCACCAAGGGUGUCCGCCCAUGGACCUACUUCGAGGGUGGUGUUGUCGCUCACGUUCCCUUCGGUGACCCCUUCGAUGAGGGUAUCGCCAAGGUUGUCCGUGAGUGCGGACACAGCUUGGAGGGCGAGGGUGUCGUCCUGCACGACAAGGGCACCAUUAUCUGCAUGGAGGGCCCUCAAUUCUCCACCCGUGCCGAGAGCAACAUGUACCGCUCCUGGGGCGGUAGCGUGAUCAACAUGUCCGUCCUCCCCGAGGCCAAGCUGGCCCGCGAGGCCGAGAUCGCCUACCAGAUGAUCUGCAUGUCCACCGACUACGACUGCUGGCACGAUUCCGCCGACGUCACCGUCGAGAUGGUCAUGGCCAACAUGAAGUCCAACGCGGCCAACGCCCGCCACUUCGUGACUGCCGUCCUCGAUGCGCUGGCCGCUGACGAGCACGCUGACCUGGUCAACGCCAAGCACCUGGCUGGCUCUAUCAAGUUUGGUGUCAGCACUCCCCAGACGAGCUGGAGCCCCGAGGCUAAGAAGAAGCUGGACUGGCUGUUCCCCGGCUACUUCUAG